AUGGUGGCUUUCAAGGCGACCGCUCUGGCGCUGUCGCUGCUCUAUGCCGUUCCAGGGUCACUCGCUUUCUUCAGGAUGCCGCUCGACAACCCGCUCAUCGUCGAGCGAGCCGACCCGAUCAUCAAUCCCGGCACCGUUUCGGCGCACGUCCACACCGUCUCGGGGGGCAGCAACUUCAAGGACUCGGUCACCUACGAGGAGUUGCGAAACUCGACGUGCACCUCUGCCAAGGCCGUCGAGGAUAAGUCGGCCUACUGGACUCCCCAGCUCUACUGGUGGAACAAGAACAACACUUUUACGCCCGUCCCGCAGAUUGGCGGCGGCUUGAUCUACUACCUCUUCCGCUACCACCCGUCGGACAAGUAUCCUAUCAAGGCCUUCCCGCCCGGUUUCCGCAUGGUGACGGGCUCGCCCAUGCUCCGCACGAACAACCGUACCUCCGGCCCCGACCAGGACAUUAUCGGCUGGAACUGCCUCGGCAGCGCCAGUCCGACGAGGGAGACGGGCUUCCCGAAGAACAAGGUCUGCAGCGGCAACUUGAGGGGAGAGAUCCGCUUCCCUUCCUGCUGGAACGGCAAAGACCUCUACAAGCCCGACGGAAGCCACAUGGCCUACUCGGACGGAGAAUCGGGUCCUUGCCCGUCUACUCACCCUCACCGUCUCGUCACCCUUUUCUACGAGAUCAGCUACUACACGCAGGCGCUCGAGCCGUUCCGCAACACCGCCAUGGAUCCGACGCAACCUCUCGUCCUGGCCAACGGUGAUCCUACCGGUUACGGCUGGCAUGGGGACUUCUAUUCAGGGUGGCCUGUCGAUCUGUUACAGAAAGCCAUCGAAACCUGCACGGCGGACAGCGGCGUCAUCGAGGAGUGCAAGAUCAUUGAACUGUACGACCGGAGCGACCCGAACCACGCCGCCUGCCGCAAGACGCCCGACUUUAACGAAGUCGUCUUGGCCAACCUCCCCCGUCUCCCCGGCUGCAACCCUAUCACUCGCACCGAGAAAGAGGCCAUCACCGGCAUGACCAGCUGCAAGAACCUGGCGACGCCCAAGCGCUUCAAGCCGACUGUCUACGAGGGCAACAUCCCUCCGCCGGGCGCUCAUGUCCUUCCUGGCACUCCGCAGACCGUCACCAAGUACGGCCAGUGGACGUACAAGGGAUGCUUCGCCGACAACAACCCCGGCCGCGCUUUCCCUAAGCGCAUCGACAUCCCGAAAAAGACGGUGCAGUCGUGCCUCGACACCGCUGCUGCUCAAGGGUACGGCUACGCCGGACUCGAGUACCACGGCGAGUGCUGGGUCGGUCCGAAGCCAUCGUCACCGAAGAAGCUGAAUGUCGGCCUCUGUAACGCUCUCUGCGACGACGACAACCUCUCUUACUGCGGAGGCGGCUAUCCGGCAGCGUUCAGCCUCUACGAGCUCAAGCGCAAGACGUCCAGCCGGCGACACCUCUUGUCCGACAUGCACUGA